CGUCCCGUAUCCAAGGGACGCGCAAAGUAGUGGAUCGAUUAAAGUGAGAUAAACAAACAUUAUGUCCACGUUUCUCCUAUAAAUGUAAAGUCCGCGUACUGUUUUCUAUAGUUUUCUAUAGAUUGAUCAAAAUUUUAAUUAUGGCUGAUGUACAAGUUUUGGUAAAUCGUGAGCCACAAAGUCGAAACACUCGAGAACUCCGUGGAAGGGAAAGAUGUAUAUAUCUUGCUUCUCCCAAAACAUGCAAGACAAACUGGCUCACAGCUGUAGGACCCAACUUGGUGUGGGGAAACCAAGAAAUGAUGUGGCCUUUAACAAAUGGCGCCCUCAACGCUGAACCCACAGGACGCUUAAUAGAGCUGUCAAUACCAAAGAAAGAUUUCCGAAAUCCAAAAGAUGGGAAAAAACAUAUCCAUGUAUACAGUUGUGGACGAAACUCUGUAAUUUGGGAAGUGAGUCCUCUAGCGAUGAGAUCCAAUGGUACUGAACGGUUAACAAAUCUAGCACAGUAUAAAAAACUUCCUGUAGCUUAUCAGCAAGACAGGGCCACACAUGCUUUGAGCUGUGGGCGUUCAUCCCCUAUCUGGUCCGUCAGUAAUGCUGCAAAGAAGGCAGUAGAAAAAGAACGAAUUGAGAGUCUCGCAAGAUCCAAAACCCCACAUAGAGACUACUUGCCAGCACGGGAAGUUGAAACUAUUGUGGGUGGUGCUGCCAAGAGAGCUGUAGCCUCACCAAGGCUGGAAUACCUUGCCAAUCCAAAGUCACGGCCAGUUGGACCGUUCAGGGACUCAAUAUGGCCAGUAUCUGCAUCAGUUCUAAAAGCUUCAGUAUCACCACGACAACUAGAACUCUCAAAACCGAAGAGUGUAGCUGAAGGUUAUCAACCUGCACGUUCUAUUCAGUGGGAGGUCAAAAGGUCAGCAAAGCGAGCCGUCGCAACUUCAAGAACCAACGAGCUUGCCCAACCAAUAACACGUGAAACAAUGCAUCAUGUUCAAUUUAACCCUGAUGCAUUUGUCGUCAGCGAAGCUGCCAAGAAAGGGCGCUGCCCUCCGAGGGUUGAAGAAUUAGCUAUUCCAAUCCAACGUUGAUAACAAAAAUAAGGCAUUAAAUUUAAUUACAACAAAACAAACUUCUGCUUGGGGUAUAAGCUUAAUAAAUAAAUUUAUUUCCAGUUACAAAAGAUAUGAAUCAAUGAAAUUUGUCUUCUAUACCAUGUUUUUAAGCAAUCAUCUUUAAACAUUGUUCUUUUAUAUGGACGAAACAAAAUUGUCCUUGCAGACAAAGUCUAGGUAAAUCCUAUUUGGAAUAGAUGACAAUGAUUGCACUAAGUUAUAAUUUUUUUUUUUUGCCAUUCCAAAACCAGCAUACUAAAUGUUUAACUGAGUAAUUAGUAUAAGAUUGUGACAGUAUUGUAUACUUUAGUACAGAGAAUCUGUUAUACUUUUACUCAAUAAUAAGUCAAUUCCAGUAAAUGACCGAUCAUUUUAAAUCUUAAAAUGUGGAGAAAGAGAAUAAUAUUAAAAAGUCAAUUUUCAUUUUUGGGUCACUUAUGCCAGUUGGUUUUGGGAUGGCAUGCCUCUUUUAAUUGCAUAAAAAAUGAAUUGUUAGCUUGAAUUGGUGCAUAUGACCAUGUUCUGAUAUAUUCGUUGGGUAGGCAGUGGGCAAAUGGUUGUUUUUGCUUUCCUCACUAUUUUUGGAAUGAGAAUAUUAUUAACCCAUCCUUAUCCCAUUUUUUCCUCCUUAUGAAUGAUAAAACCAAAAGCUAGUGCAAAAAACUGUAAGGAUUAAAAGCUGUUUUGGUAUGUGUGCUAAUAUAUUUGGAAUGCAAUACACAUGGCUGUCAAGAAACUACAAGGGUGGGGAUAUAUGCCUCCCCUUCCCCACCCUAGCAAAAGCAAUCAACAUUUCAAUACUAUACUAAAAACCACUACUAUAGUAACUUUUGUUGUAACUCUCCUCCCAUUUUGGUGGCCAAGGAAUUAAAUGUGAUAACUUUGUUUUUUUUUUGUUAACUGGUAGUUAGCAAAACUGUAUACACGAAAAAAGUAAGCAUACUAAUUUUGCUACCAACAACUGACCAUAUAAAUGAUUAUGGGUACAUAAUUGCACAAUUAUAAUUAGAGCAGAUUCAGA